ACGGCACUUCUUCCCCAAAGGACCUCGGGCCCCAGGACUCGACCACUUCCUCCGUCUCGCCAUCCUUUCCAAGUUUAGGAGAAAACUCAUCCCCUUCACUUUCGUCCUUCUUCGCAGGCCUUGGAUUCGUCCGAUUCUCUUCUCCCAUCAACAUGGGUCAACCGUCCUUCCAGGCGUCUAACGCCAUCAUCUAUGUUACCUACGGGCUAUUUCUGCUGGUGGGAACAGGCGUUGCCUGGAAGUUCAAGAGCCAGAGCAAGAGCGAGUUCCUCGCAGGCAACAGGACUCAGACCGCUCUUCCGCUCGCCCUGAACUUCAUCGCAUCUGCUCUCGGGUCCGGCAUCCUCUUUGCCUACCCCCAACUGGCGACACUGGCUGGCGUGCAGGGCGUGGUUGUCUACGCGCUGUCGUCUGCUCUGCCGCUCCUAAUCUUCGCCGCACUUGGUCCCAUUAUUAGACGCAAGUGCCCGGAGGGGUUUGUCCUGACCGAGUGGACCAGACAGCGAUAUGGGACGUUUGCGGCCCUCUACCUAAGCUUCAUGACGCUGGUCACGCUCUUCCUGUACAUGGUCUCGGAGCUGUCGGCCAUCGGCCAGGUUGUCAACCUCCUGACGGGCCUCGACGGACUCCCCGUCUUGAUUGUUGAAUGCAUCGUCACGACCGUCUACACCUCCAUGGGCGGUUUCAAGAUCUCCUUCUUCACAGACAACAUCCAAGGAGCGAUGGUGCUCGGCCUCAUCCUCAUCGCCACCAUCACCAUCGGCGUCGAGACCAAGAUCGACACCAGCCUGAUUGAUUCAUCCGGCCUCACCAAGGCGAGCCUCCUGGGAUGGCAGCUUCUGUACAUUCUGCCGGUUGCUAUCCUCACGAAUGACUUCUUCCUGUCCAACUUCUGGCUCCGCACCUUCGCCUCCAAAACCGACCGCGACCUCUGGCUCGGCAUCUCGGGCGCCGUGGUGGGCACGCUGAUCAUCGUGACGCUGGUGGGCGCGACGGGCCUCGUGGCCGCGUGGGCGGGCAUCUGGCCGGGGCCGGCGGACGACCCGGUCGACGGGUCCGUCGCCUUCUUCGCGCUGCUGGAGCAGCUGCCCAGCUGGGUCGUGGGCAUCGUGCUGGUCAUGUCGGUCACGCUCAGCACCGCCGCGUUCGACUCGCUGCAGUCGGCCAUGGUCACGUCCGCGUCCAACGACCUGUUCCGCAACCGGCUCAACAUCUGGCUCAUCCGCGCCGGCGUCGUGCUCGUCAUGAUCCCCGUCGUCGUCAUCGCCAUCCGCGCGCCCUCAAUCCUGCAGAUCUACCUCAUCUCCGACUUGGUCUCGGCGGCUAGCAUCCCCGUGCUGAUGAUCGGCCUGUGCGACGCGUGCUACUGGUGGCGCGGCUUCGAGGUGGUUGUUGGCGGGCUUGGUGGCCUGUUUACCGUCUUUCUGUUCGGCACGGUCUACUACGGGAACGCGCAGCUCGGGGCCGAGCUGAUGCUGCUGGAGCAGGGCCUGUACACGGCUGACUGGGGUGCUUUCGGUGCUUUUGUGGCGGCCCCGGUGGGCGGGCUGCUGUGGGGGUUUGGCGCCCUGGGUCUGCGGCUGGGAAUCCAGUACAUCAGGGCCAGGGCCAAGGGCGAGCGGUUCGAUGCUCUCGAUCGGCCCCUUGCUACCGGAGGACCGCGUCCUGUCGUCGACCCGGAGGUGGGCGGCAAUGCUGGGUUUGGCGAGGAGAGCGAGAUUUCGUCGGAUGCGCCCGGCCUUGCCAAGACGACGGGCAAGUUCUUCUAGACAAGCCCUCGGGUUUGGCGAGUCGGCUGGCGAGUGGGUUGAGAACUAGGCUGGUCGUACCGCUGGUGGCUUUGGGUGGCAUGGUCGGCGGCCGCUGGUGUUUUCUGGAUAUACCUU